CAGAUAUUUCUAUUCGAGAAAACUGUGAAAAAUCGACGACGAUGACGUGGGGGCAAAACCGUCUUUUCCUAUUCCUGACCGCCGCUCUCCUUCUCCUCAAUGGAGGCUCCGCCGCCCGGACAGAGGCUCUCGCCGGUGGCUGGCGUCCGAUCAAGAACAUUAGCGACCCACACGUGCAAGAGAUCGGAGAAUUCGCCGUGACGGAGCACAACAAGCAGGCGACGGCGAGUCUGAAGUUCCAGAGCGUGGUCUCCGGCGAGACUCAGGUGGUGUCAGGCACCAAUUACCGGCUUGUGGUCGUGGCGGAGGACGGUGGCGUUUCGAAGAAGUAUGAAGCAGUUGUUUGAAAACCUUGGAUGGGUUUCAGAAACCUCACUUCCUUUACGCGCGUGUAGAUGUUUGAUGUGGGAGUGGCAGAUGAGUGUCGUAAUGGUCUACAUGGGCAUUUUGUCUUUUAAGAGAAAA